AUAAUAGGAGAACCGAAAGCAAAGAAAUGGAGAGAGGAAAAGUUUUGGCAGCAUCUGAAUUCUGGGCAUAGCUUCUUCAGCCACUCCAUCGCCUACACCUUACAGUGUUGAUGCGGCAGAUGUGAACUCCUGCUCCAGCAUUAAGGGCAUCGACUAAACUGUCUCUUCUACUUGGGGACUCCUUGAUCUUCUCAUAGAUUAAAAGGAAUACUAUGUUUGCUGGCAUCGAUCUUGCAUAAGUUUUGAUAAAGCACUGCUUCUGAAAAGGAACGGCCUUACUCUUAGGUUUCAUUUUGAAUUUCUAAGGUGAGGGGACAUGUCCUUGAGAAUAAAGGCAGUGGUAGAUAAAUUUGUGCAGGAGUUGAAGGAAGCUCUGGAUGCAGAUAUACAAGACAGAAUAAUGAAGGAGAGGGAGAUGCAGAGUUAUAUUGAAGAGCGUGAACGUGAAGUUGCCGAGCGUGAAGCUGCUUGGAAAGCUGAGCUUUCUCGUCGUGAGGCAGAGAUUGCCCGACAAGAAGCAAGGCUGAAGAUGGAGAAAGAGAACCUUGAAAAGGAGAAAAGUGUCCUAAUGGGAACUGCAUCAAAUCAAGAUAACCAAGAUGGGGCUCUUGAAAUCACUGUAAGUGGUGAAAAGUACCGAUGCCUCAGGUUUGCAAAGGCAAAGAAAUGAGGCAUUACAGGGAAGGCUUUAGAAGGAAAAACAUGAGCUCCAUGACUGGAUGCUCUUCUCACCAGCCAUAGCCAUUCUGCUGUUUAAUAAACGUUAUUCAUUUUAAAUGCAUUUAUUAUGUACAUGACGCUUCAUCAGAAAAUGAAAUGGAAAAUUUCCUCUCUAUGAUCCGAUUCAACGAGGAAAAGUUCAUUGAUUGA